AUGGGCCCCUCUGGGGACUUUCAUGAGCAGACAGCCACCACUUAUGCGGCUGGUGUUUUCGCAUUAUGUGAAUUUUUUGCUACAAUCGUUUUCGAAUGGAAGUGGAUCUGGGGGAUACAGCACUGGUGGUCAAAGUUCAACGCGAUCAAGGUAGUAUACCUCUUGGCCAAAUAUCUUGGGUUCGCCUCUCAGCUCUCGAGCAUCGCCAUCGUUACCUUGAUCUAUCGCGGCGACGGGCCUACAAUAGCCGGUUGCGCGUAUUGGGUUUGGGUACAGCUCACCGCGCAAUGGCUGCUCUGGACAUGCCUAGAAGCUCUGCUCAUGCUCAGACUAUACGCCCUCUACAGCCGCAGCAAGUUCAUGGGCAUUUUCCUCUUCACCUUCAUGUUCGCGGAAACUGCAGUGGCCGCAUACCUUUCCUUCUCGCGCCUGCAUCAGAACUUUCCUCGCGUCCACUAUGGUGUCGCACUCCCUGUGCCUCCGUGGCUCUUUGCGGUGGAUGAAGGAGUGUGCUUUCAUAAUGUCAAAAAGGGGAUCCCUAUGCAGGCAGUUUAUUUUGGGUGCGUCGUCCGUCUCGGUUCACUUCAGUGUGCAUCUGUUGAUGGUCAAUCCUCGCUCUUCAUGACAUCUGCUUAUUUUUCCCUCGUAGCAUCGUUCAGAUGGUCGCCCAAGUCACGAUCCUCAUUCUCACGCUCGCGCGCUGUAUACCCGCGCUCAAGGUACACCACACGCUCAACCGGUUGUUAUACCGGCUCGUCAAGGAUGGACUUAUCUCCUUUGUGGUGA